AUGAAGACUUUGAAAUUUUCUGAAGCAUUGGCGGAACCUGUUGAUAUGCGGAAAGUGAAGCUGGAUGCGUUGAAACCGUGGGUGCACGAAAAAUUGACGGAAAUUCUCGGCUUCGAAGACGAUGUCGUCAUCGAUUAUGCUAAGCUCGAAGAAACAAACACUCCAGACCCAAAAGUCGUGCAAAUCAACCUUACUGGCUUCCUCAACGCCAAGAACGCAAGGCUGUUCAUGGGCGAGCUCUGGCCAAUGUUGGUUUCUGCGCAAUCCAAUCCUAAUGGCAUUCCUCAGGAAUUAAUCGACGCGAAAAAACUGGAGCUAGAAUCGCACAAAGCUGAUAAAGAAACAAUGAAGAAGUUCCAAAAGAAUAUUGAUCAAAUUCAACAACAGAUCAAAAAAGAUAUGGACGAAAAGAACGAGCGUUUGGAGCGAAGAAUUCAAAAAGAAUCGCGACGAGAAGACCGAGAUAGGAGUAGACGAGAUGACAAAGAUCGAAAACGAUCCCGACGAUCUCGAUCUUCUAGCAGAGACAGACGAUCAAAUCGUAAAGAUGAGAAAAGACGAGAACGAAGCCGAUCCCGCGAUCGCAAGUCUUCAAGAAGCGAGAAAAAACGUAGCCGAUCGCGGGAGCGCCGCCGGGAACGAUCGAAAUCUCCCGAACGGCGCCGGGAAAAGCGACGCUCGCGAAGCAGAAGCCCACGAAGAGACUAG